AUGAACUCUGAAGAAAUCGACAAUAAUCUCGUUGACAAUCUUCAAGACGAUUCUACUAUCACCGAAGGAUCAAGCCCUUCAAGUUCAUCCGAUUCCUUUGGAACGGUCAAACAGGAUCUUACGAAUCCUUUGUCUAUUGACGAUCUUUCAGGACCUUCAAACUUGAAAGAACCUACCAACUCAACCAUGACUGAACAAGUUGAAUCCCGAGUUUUCGGUGACCAAAUUCAGAAGUAUUCUCAGAUCAUGAACAAUGCAUUAAGCAAAUAUAAAGUCUCAGAUGAUCUAAACGAAGAAAACUACAUCGAGUGGAGUCAGUCCUUAAUGGAAGUAUUUUGCUCACUCGAACUUCACGAGUAUUUCAAACUCGAGAACUACCGUAAACCUGGCUUGUCUGAACAAGAACACGAGAAAACGAGGUUUAAUCUUACCACCUUCGUUCUCCAUUGUUUGGACACCACCAAUAGUGUCAGAACUCGAAAUCAUCUGACGGAUCCUCAUGAUGCUUGUGAAAUUAUCUACAAUCCUUAA